CGCUCGACAGACUGCGAAGGACGUACCUAAGAGGAGAAAAACACUCUCUCCUCUGGUCUUAUUUUUUCUCUGGUGAAAAUUUCCGGCCUUGCCACUGCUACCGCCGGCGAGUUUGAGAGUUUCGUAAGGCUUUCUGGCGGGAGAAGCUGUACGCACGAAUCUCUUCUUUGGCUUCUUCGUCUCGGGGUACUGUUUUUGGUUUUUCUCUUGUCCUCUGUUUUUGUCAUGAGCCUCCAGUGAGAAACACAGAGAUUUUGCUUCUCCUUUCUUAGCGAUAGACACGGAGAGGCUUGGCAUCCGAGGAUCCGCGAUGGAUAACAUCAAAUUUCCAUUCAGAGGGAUUAUUAAAGAUGUAAAAGGAAGGACACCAUGCUAUAAGCAAGAUUGGAUUAGURGACUUCGUUCAGGCGUCAGGAUAUUGGCUCCAAUUACCUAUAUUUUCUUCGCUUCGGCUCUUCCAGUUAUUGCCUUUGGGGAGCAAUUGAGUAGAGAAACAGAUGGAAGCUUGACCACGGUAGAAACUUUAGCUUCUACUGCUAUUUGUGGUAUCUUACACUCAAUAUUUGGUGGACAGCCCUUAUUGAUACUUGGAGUUGCAGAGCCCACUGUUAUAAUGUACACUUAUUUGUACAAUUUUAAAAGGGAAGAUUUGGGAAAAGAACUGUACUUGGCUUGGGCAGGAUGGGUUUGCAUCUGGACAGCACUUAUGUUGUUUCUUCUAGCCAUAUUCAAUGCUUGCACUGUUAUCACUAGAUUUACGAGGAUUGCAGGGGAGCUUUUUGGCAUGUUAAUUGCUGUUCUUUUCAUCCAAGAGGCUAUCAAGGGAGUGGUGAGUGAAUUCAAGAUACCCAAAGCUGAAGACCCAAAGGAAGAAAAGUACCAGUUCCAGUGGCUUUAUGCAAAUGGAUUACUGGGGCUCAUAUUCUCCUUUGGUUUACUCUAUACAGCUUUAAAAAGCAGGAGGGCAAGGUCAUGGCGAUAUGGCACAGGGUGGCUUAGAAGUUUCAUUGCGGACUAUGGUGUUCCUUUGAUGGUAUUGGUUUGGACGGCAUUAUCAUUCAGUGUACCAAGCAAAGUUCCUUCUGGAGUUCCUAGGAGGCUUUUUAGUCCUCUUCCUUGGGAUUCAGACUCAUUAUACCAUUGGACAGUAAUCAAGGAUAUGUGGAGGGUCCCUGUGGUAUACAUAUUUGCUGCGUUUAUUCCAGCUGUGAUGAUAGCAGGCCUUUAUUUUUUUGACCAUACCUAAAUUUCAGGGAUAUAAUACGAC